CCUCGCCUUUCCAGAUCCGAGCUUGAAUAUAAAUAUCCAUCCCGAUCAGUUUCAAAUUGUGCACACUCCUAAACCAAAUUUUCAGAUCUUCUACAAGAACUAAAGAGAAUGUCAAGCUACUCACACUCUCCUCCCGGCUAUGGCUAUGGCUACGGCCACAGCUACGGCAGCGCUUCACCUCCAGGUCAACCCUACGGUGCACCGCCGCAAGGGCAGCACCAAUACGACCAUAAAGCCCGAGCCUACGGUGCUCCAGCUAAGCCUCACAAGAAUCAAGCCCACGGAGGCGGAUACCCCGCGCCUGCCCCAAGUUACGGCAGCCUGUUCGCGGCUUUGGUUCCGUCGGUGUUCCCGCCGGGCACGGAUCCGGAAAUCAUAGAAUGCUUUCAGCUGGCAGAUCAGGACGGCAGCGGCUUCAUCGACGACAAGGAGAUGCAGAGAGCUCUGUCGUCGUACAAUCAGAGCUUCAGCUUGAGGACUGUUCAUCUUCUCAUGUACCUUUUCACCCAGACCAACACCAGGAAGAUCGGACCCAAGGAAUUCGCUGCACUGUUCUACAGUCUUCAAAGUUGGAGGGGAGUGUUUGAGAGGUUCGACCGGGACAGAAGUGGGUUCAUUGAUACAAAAGAGUUGAGAGAUGCACUGCUGGGUCUGGGAUUUGCUGUCUCACCUGUAGUUUUAGAACUGCUGGUCUAUAAAUUCGGCAAGACUGGAGGCAAAAAGAGGGCCAUUGAAUAUGACAAUUUCAUCGAGUGCUGUAUGACUGUUAAGGGAUUAACUGAGAAGUUUAAGGAGAAGGACAAAGCGUACACUGGUAUGGGAACUUUCACUUAUGAGGAGUUCAUGUUGACUGUCCUGCCAUUCCUCAUUGCGUAGGUUGUGUUUAAGGCUUUAUGAAUUCGGUUCGUGGUUUUACAGUGUAUUGUAAUAUCUAGCUCCUUCUUUCCUGUGUCUUAGUGGAGUGGAGUGCAGUAGCUGUAUUUUCUCACUACAUAGCUUUCAUAUAAUAAGGCUUAAUCGCCUGGUUUUACCAUGUCUUUAACUUUUGCAUCAUUUUCCAAUUAAAGGUUGAUGUCGUUGGAAAUAAAAUUUUCUUUGGCUAAGAAGUGA